UCUCUCUCUCUCUCUCUCUCUCUCUCUCUCUCUCUCUCAUGUCUCCCCUCCCGGCCCUACAAUUUCAUUGCGUGUGCGACUCUAAUUCCUCCGAUUGUUAGUACUACGGCUGUAAUUCCUUCCCAUUUUCGUCCUUCGUGUAGUAUUUCAGCUCAAUUCAGCUCCGGAUCAGCUUAAAUCUGUACAUGCUGGUUUCCCUUUUUGCGCUUCUCUGUUCAUUGGGGCUGCCCUUUCCACCAGACCCAUCUCAAAUCUAGCUUCAAGGUUGAACCUUUCCCUGGAAAAUCAGGCAUUUCUCUGCAAGAUUGUCGGUUCUGGGAGGAAAUCAGCUCGAAAAAUUGGGGGGUUUGUGGAGGAAUUUUGUUGGGUUCCCUUUGUUUCUUUCAAUUCAUUGAUUGCCGGUGUAUGAUUGCCAUUUGCAGCCCCUAAAGAUUCCGAUUCUGCAAAUUGUCUUUGAGGGAAGGCUGAAUUUGGGGUUUACUGACGAAGGUUAGUAUUCCAUGGCUCCGACAAUUGCUUUGUAUGCAAGCCCACCGAGCACUGUGUGCUCCACAACCCACCAGAUCAACUCCAAUGUGUCCUACGAUUUCGAUUUGAACUCGAGGCCAUCCACCUCGUCAGCCCCGUCGCAGAAGCCGAUAGUUGGAGGCCUCUCUUGCCUAUUCGCUUCACCGUCCACGGUGAAAAGCUCGUCUUCCUCUAGCUUUGGGGAGGAACUGGGCUCCUUCAGGCAUGAUAAAGGUGAAGAAUUGAAGGAACUGAGCAGCUCUUUUGGGUACUCGUACUCGUCCAGCGGCAGAUUUGCUGGGUCUUUUAAGAGAGAUCAUCAUCAAAGCCCAGUGUCUGUAUUGCAGGGACCAGUCUCUUGUAGUAGUAGUAGUAGUAGCUCUAGUGGGUCUAUAAAGAGUCCCCCGAUGAGGAUCUUGCAAAGUUCUGCCGGGUUGUUCAAUGGGUUUGUUAGGCACGCUUUGGGCUCUUCUUGUGUCGACUAUGAUUCACCAGCUAUUGAGAUCUGUGGUGGUGGAGGUGGUGGAGCUGUUGAUAUGGAGGAGUUGACCUUCAAUUUAGAAGGUGCGUUUGGAGAAGUUAAGUCUACUUCGGAGCCACAUGUGGAGGAGUUGCUAUUGGGUGCCCAGUUGAGGCAUGAUAUCUUCUAUGAUGACUUUGUAGUUAAAGCAUUUCACGAGGCUGAGAAAGCGCAUAGAGGGCAGAUGCGUGCGAGUGGUGACCCUUACUUGCAGCAUUGCGUGGAAACAGCAGUGUCACUGGCACUCAUUGGUGCUAAUUCAACAGUGGUCGCUGCAGGGCUAUUACAUGACACACUUGAUGAUUCCUCUGUGAGUUACACCCAUAUUCGCAGGACUUUCGGAGCUGAUGUUGCCGAUUUGGUUAAAGGGGUAUCUAAGCUAAGCGAGCUGAGUCAGCUUGCCCGGGAGAACAACACUGCGAGCAAAACUGCUGAGGCAGACCGCCUUCACACCAUGUUCCUUGCAAUGGCAGAUGCAAGGGCAGUCCUCAUCAAGUUGGCUGAUCGCCUACACAACAUGGCAACACUUAGCGCGAUCUCGUUGCCAAAGCAGCAGAGAUUUGCAAAGGAGACCCUGGAGAUAUUUGCCCCCUUGGCCAAUCGGCUUGGGAUCUCAAGCUGGAAGGAGAGCCUGGAGAACCUGUGCUUUAAGCAUCUCAAUCCUGAGAAGCACAAUGAAAUCUCAUCUCAGCUCGUGGAAUCUUAUGAUGAAGCAAUGAUUACUUCUGCUAAAGAGAGACUGGAGCAGGCACUCAAGGAAGAAGACAUCCCCUUUGACUUGUCAGGAAGGCAUAAGAGCUUGUACAGCAUUUACACCAAGAUGUUAAAAAAAAAUCUCAGCGUCGAUAAAAUCCAUGAUAUACAUGGGUUACGUUUGAUUGUUGAGAACGAGGAAGACUGUUACAAAGCAUUAAAAAUUGUUCAUGAGCUGUGGUCUGCAGUAUCUGGAAAGUUCAAGGACUACAUAUCUCAUCCCAAGUACAAUGGGUAUCAGUCGCUUCACACAGUUGUGAUGGGGGAGGGGACUGUGCCACUGGAAGUGCAAAUCCGCACAAGGGAGAUGCACUUGCAGGCUGAGUUUGGGUUUGCUGCCCACUGGAGGUACAAGGAGGGUGACUGCAAGCACUCCUCGUUUGUGCUCCAGAUGGUGGAGUGGGCUCGCUGGGUCAUAACAUGGCAGUGUGAGACAAUGAGCAAAGAUCAGUCAUCCCUCACUUAUGGUGCCAACUCUAUGAAGUCAUCAUGCAUGUUCCCUUCUCAUUCUAAGGACUGUCCUUUCUCGUAUGAGGCUUGCUGUAAUAAGGAAGGGCCAAUAUAUAUUAUCAUGAUCGAAAACGACAAGAUGUCUGUACAGGAAUUGCCAGCAAACUCGACAAUGAUGGACCUGUUGGAGAGGAUAGGGCAGGAAAGCACAAGAUGGUCUCCAUACAGUUUCCCCCGCAAGGAGGAGCUGAGGCCCAGGUUGAACCGGGAAUCAAUGGAUGAUCCCACUUGCAGGCUCAGGAUGGGAGAUGUCGUGGAACUCACCCCAGCUCUUCCGGAGAAGUCCCUGACAGAGUACCGGGAAGAGAUCCAACGCAUGUACAACCGUGGGUUAGCUGUGGCAUCCUCUGGUCCCUCGGUUAGCACUGCUAGUGGAUGGAGGAGCUGAUCGGUCUUUUACAAUCAGUGUUUCUCUGGGAAAAUUAGGAACAAGAAAGGAAAAAUCCAUAGCACAUUGACUUGGGGACAAAACAAAUCAAUUCAUGUUCUUGGGUUCAUGUUGUAUAUAACUGUAGCAGUGUUUAGAUAUUGACUACUGUAAAUUUAGGAAUGAAUUAUGAAAUAUUACUCUUCAUUUUCACUUCAUUGCCAUAUUGUGAGAAUUUCUCUGGA